AUGGCGUCCACUCCUCCCCUUUCUCAGGGCGUUGGCUAUGGCGUAGUCAUUGGCUUGGGUGCCCUCUUCGCUAUCGUCGUGGUGGGUAUUUCGCGCUCACUUGUCCGCUACGCCGGCAUUUCCCGUGAUGCCGAAGAAUUCAGUGUUGCUCGACGAUCUCUGGGCACCGGUCUUGUUGCUGCCGCCGUCAUCAGCUCAUGGACGUGGUCAACGACCCUCCUCUCUUCCGUCUCCACCGCUUACAACUACGGCGUCGCUGGGGCCAUGCUGUACGCUUCAGGAAACUGCACCCAGAUCGUGCUUUUCUCGACCCUCGCAAUUCAACUCAAGCGCCGUGCUCCGUCGGUCCACACCUACCUUGAGCUCGUCCGCAUCCGCUUCGGAACCCUUCCACACUUGACCUACAUCUUCUUCGCCCUUGCGACCAACAUUCUGGUCUGCGCCUCGGUACUCCUAGGAGGUGCGGCUGCCAUCAACUCCAUCACCGGUAUGAACACCUACGCCGCGCUCUUCCUGCUUCCCACCAGCGUCGUCGCGUAUACUCUCCGAGGUGGUCUUCGAAGCACGAUCCUGGCCGACUAUUUGCACACCGUCAUCAUCUUUGUCAUUCUCUUCGUCUUUUGGCUCCGCGCCUACGCCACCUUCCCGAGCAUUGGCAGCCCGGCUGCCAUGUACGAUCUGCUCGUCAACGCAUCCAAGAACAUCGACAUCUCUGGCAACUACGAAGGAAGCCCCCUCACGCUCAAGACGGAAGGAGGACAAUACUUUGCCUGGCUUUCAGCUUUCGAAUACACGGGUGUCGUCUUCUUGGAUGCCAGUUUCCACCAGAAAGGUGUCGCCGCUAUGCCGGAAGCUGCUUUCCCAGGAUACCUCAUCGGAGGUCUGGCUUGGUUCUCGAUCCCAUUCUGUCUUGCAACCACUGCGGGUCUUUCGGCACUUGCACUCGAGACCACAUACCCUGGCUUCCCUACCUACCCGAAUCGUAUCCCCAAAGCUGACGUCUCUGCCGGCUUGGUCCUUCCUUACGCCGCCCAAGCUCUGUUGGGCAAAGGUGGCUCUGCGGCUGUUUUGCUCCUCAUGUUCAUGAGCUGCACCUCUGCUGUUUCAGCCCAGCUGGUCGGUGUCUCCACCGUGAUUUCUUACGACGUCUUCAAGACUUACUUCAAGCCCACCAUUUCUGCCGACAAACUCCUUCGCGUGAAUCAAUACGUCGUCAUCGGAUUCGGGCUCUUCACCGCCGCCUUUAGCUCCCUGCUCCAUGGAAUCGGUCUUGACCUCGGAAUCAUUUACAAUCUGACCGGAAUCUUCACCUGUGCUGGUCUUUCUCCCCUCAUCUUCACCUUCUUCGACACCCGACUUCACCCUGCGGUCGUUUUCCCGGGUAUUUGGAUCAACUUUGCCAGUGGCGUUGCGGUCUGGCUCUCGGUCGCGUGGCACACUUCGGGCGUGGUCAACCUCGCCAGUGUCGGAGGAGUCGUCCCCUGCUUGGCAGGAGCCGGAACAGGUGUAGGAGUGGGAUUGGUGCUUUCAACCGUAUCGGUGCUCUUCUUCCCUCGCGACUUCGCUUGGAGUCGAAUUCCUGAGAUUCUCGAACAGCAGCACAAGGAGCAAGUCGAACGCAUCACCAAGCAUCACCAAUCGCUUCCGUCUUCCACCGGUGACGCUUCUCCUUCUGAGAAGCCUGGAAGCAUCGAUUCAACCGAUCCACGCCUUCAGCUCGAGAUCAUCGAGAACGACCCCUCGUACAACCGGGCUCGUCUCGACCGCACCUUCCGUAUCGCUGUCGCCUCGUCUCUCACAAUCUUUGUGGUGAUCACCAUCAUUUGGCCCUUCUCUCUGUACAGAGACUACAUUUUCACACGAACCUUCUUCCAAGGCUGGGUGAUCGUUUCAUUCAUCUGGGCCAUCUUUGCCUUUGUCGGUGUGGGACUGUUCCCCUUGGUGCAAGGUAUUCCGGUUGCCAAGGUGAUCCUGUCCAACAUCAGGAAUGGCGCUUCGACAGCAGCGGCCAAGCUCGGCUCCAAAGACGGUGGCGUGAAUGGAGAGGAGAGACGAGGAUCGGAUGGUACAACGACGACCAGUGGCUCUCAAGAAAAGCCGGUGCAAUCGCACUCAUCGUCGGCUUUCGCUGCUUAG